GGCCAGCGCGGCACAGACCGGCUGCAUCCGGCGCCUCGACCCUGCGCGCUCCAGGACGACGCGGAGUCCAGCCCCGGCCCGAGCGGCAGCGCGCGCCUAAGGAGGGGUGUACACACCCCAAGGACCCAGACGUGUGGCCCCUGCCAAAUGUGGGGGGCGACUGUCCGGAGCCAUGCCCCCUGCCCAGCCUCGCUGUACCCACCUGCUGCUGUUGCUGUUGCUGUCCUGCCAGCCACAGGCCCCCUCAGCCCAGGUGAUGGACUUUCUAUUUGAGAAGUGGAAACUCUAUGGUGACCAGUGCCACCACAACCUGAGCCUGCUGCCCCCACCCACUGAGCUGGUCUGUAAUAGAACCUUUGACAAGUAUUCCUGCUGGCCUGACACCCUGCCCAAUACCACGGCCAACAUCUCCUGUCCCUGGUACCUACCUUGGUACCACAAAGUGCAGCACCGCCUGGUGUUCAAGAGGUGUGGGCCUGAUGGGAAGUGGGUGCGAGGGCCACAGGGGCAGCCGUGGCGCAACGCCUCCCAGUGUCAGAUGGACGAUGAGGAGAUCGAGGUCCAGAAGGAUGUGGCCAAGAUGUACAACAGCUACCAGUUGAUGUACACAGUGGGCUACGGUCUGUCCCUGGGGGCCCUGCUCCUGGCCCUGGUCAUCCUGCUGGGCCUCAGGAAGCUGCACUGCACCCGUAACUACAUCCAUGGGAACCUGUUCACGUCCUUUGUGCUCAAGGCUGGCUCUGUGCUGGUCAUUGACCAGCUGUUGAAGACUCGCUAUAGCCAAAAGAUUGGAGAUGACCUCAGUGUCAGCAUCUGGCUUGGCGAUGGGGCGGUGGCCGGCUGCCGGGUGGCUGCGGUGAUCAUGCAGUAUGGCAUUGUGGCCAACUAUUGCUGGUUGCUGGUGGAGGGUGUAUACCUGUACAGUCUGCUGAGCCUCGCCACCUUCCCGGAGAGGAGCUUCUUUGCCCUUUACCUGAGCAUUGGCUGGGGUGCACCCCUGCUGUUUGUCAUCCCCUGGGUGGUGGUCAAGUGUCUAUUUGAGAAUGUGCAGUGCUGGACAAGCAACGACAACAUGGGCUUCUGGUGGAUCCUGCGUGUCCCCGUCUUCCUGGCCAUCCUGAUCAAUUUUUUCAUCUUUGUCCGUAUCAUUCGCCUUCUUGUGACCAAGCUGCGUGCCCACCAGAUGCACUACGCUGACUACAAGUUCCGGCUAGCCAGGUCCACGCUGACUCUCAUCCCACUGCUGGGGGUCCAUGAGGUGGUCUUUGCCUUUGUGACUGAUGAGCACGCCCAGGGCACCCUGCGCUCUGCCAAGCUCUUUUUCGACCUCUUCCUUAGCUCCUUCCAGGGUCUGCUGGUGGCUGUCCUCUACUGUUUCCUCAACAAGGAGGUACAAGCCGAGCUACUGCGGCGUUGGAGUCUCUGGCGUGAAGGCAAAGCCCUUCGGGAGGAGCAGCUGGCCAGCAGCCAAGGCAGCCACAAUGCGCCAGCAGGGGCCAGCCGCGGUGCUCCCUGUGAGAAACUGCAGUUUGUAAGCAUGGGCAGCAGCAAUGGGACUGGCCAUGACCCUUCUGCAGAGACCUUCUUGGCCAGUAGCCUCCCAGACUAAGAGCUUCACCUGAGGAGCCCCUGGAGCCCUGACUGGCCGGUCUCAAAAAGGAGGACAACCUCCUCCCAGGACAACCCAGAACCAGAUGCCUGGCCAAGGCUGGAAAGACAGAGCAACCAGACAUCAGCUCACUGUCCACACCUCCCCCAACCUGUCAAAACCCCAGGACAAGUCACAUCAAUGGAGUGGGGGUUGGGUACGAUGGGGAGCUGAGUUGUGAAUUGUGGACUUGUGUGUCAGUGUGUCCCACGCACAUAGAUGUAUGUCCUUCAAUAAAAAGCCCAAUAGUG